AUAUGUUGAAUGGUUUGGGGGAAAAAUCAGAGAAAAUAUCUUCCUGAUUUGUCCUAUUCAUUUUGCCUUCAGCUACACAUGGCCAAAUCUCAUAAUCCCUUCGCAUCCUGAGCUCCUUUCUCAGAAUGAAAGAGGUUGUUUUGCACUUUUUCAAACAAAAGUGGUGAAUGUAGAUAAAUGACUAUAAACAUAUGACUUUAAUCCAUCAGGAAAGUUGGCAUGCAAAUUGUAUGGGUCUUUUAUUUUACAUGGAUCUUUAAACCGGAGGUAAAACAAUAGCGUCAGUCAGUUGGAUAUAAUGCUAGGCAAACUAUCAUGCCUCAAAUGUCAGCUCGGAGAUGAAUGGACACAUUGAGAUGAUAUAAGAUGAACAAUGAACCACUUCCAGCCUCAAUAUUCUUCUUAGUAUUUUAUACACCAGAGAUUGAAGUGUCACAAUAGUGGCGUGUGCUGUGCUUGAACCUCCCUUGAAAGUGACCUAUACAUACUACAAGUGACCUUCUCCGUGGCCAUUUAAGCCUGCUGAAUUUAGCACAAUAUAAUUGCUCCAUGUAUCUAGCUUAUAUGUAGAUGCAGCUUAAGUUUAAAUAUAACAGCAUGUAGGGAGUGCAUGUUGUAAAAUUGCCUCACUAAAAGUUUGCAAAAUAGGACUUGCAUCAGGCAAAUUGAUAAGUAUUUCAUACAUCCAUUACUCUACAUUAGGCUUACAAAAGCCUGUCAGGUCAAUGGUGAUUAUAUGGCAAGGAAACAAAUAUGAAACAUUAUAGAUAAAGUGUGGAUUAAUAACUUAUCUUUUGUUAAACUACAUGCUUUGUUUACAUUAGAUUCCGAUUGACCCAGGACACCAGUUUUGAUUUUAUGGUAAUGCAAUCGUCAAAGGUACAUUUAAAAAACCCAAGCAAGUUCCUUAGUGCACAAUGAAUAAUUAAUGAACAUGAGUACAUUCGUGAUCAUACUUCUUGUAUAAUUUCUAACAACCGUAUAGUCAAGAUGGCCACAUUUCAUUUAUUCAUUCAUUCAGUCAGUUUUCUUCAGUAACCACUUUAUCAUGGUCAGGGUCGCCAUAGAUCUGGAGCCUAUCCCUGGAACUCAUCCACUGGGCUCAAGGCAGGAGAAUUCAACCCAGACAGGAUGCUAAUCCAUCGCAGAUCACGCACAUAUGUUCACACCUACAGGCAAUUUAGUAUAGCCAAUCCACCUACCUGCAUGUUUUUGGACAGUGGGAUGAAACCAGAGAACCCAGAGGAAACCCACACGAACGCAGGGAGAACCUGUGAAACUCCACACGGACAGUAACCCGAGCUCAAAUCAAACCCACAACACAUUUUACAUCAAUACUAUGUCUGCAUGAAUUACAUUAGAGUAAUGAAGCUCUUAAAGAUGUGAUAUGAGGUCUGAACUUGGCUGGCUUAUUUCAGCUGCCACCUAUUUGGCCACACCCCAAUUUACAGAGGCAAGCACUUAAAAAGCACACAGUUUCAUAUUAGUAAAAUCCUUUUACUAGACUAUUGUUUGAUUUCUGGCUUUUUAAAAAAUGAAAUGGGUCUCUUUUGACUGGAGUUGAUUGCCUGUACAUGUCAGUUUAAUUCAUUACAUGCGAUUUAGUAACAAAUGGUCGGUGUUAAUGGUAUUCAGCAGAUUGGAGGCCACCUCCUCCCCUCCUUUAGCUCUCUGCAUGACAAUAAUCUCGCUUAUGGUAGAGAGAGAGAGAGAGAGAGAGAGACAGAGACAGAGAGAGAGAGCAGCCGGCACUGGGACAGCUGUUCAACACCCUGUCGUUUUUUGGUCCUCAGCCGUCUGGCCUACUAGUAUUAACCCCAGCUCUUUCUUUCUCUAACAAAACUCUUCCUUCUCUAUUCAGUUAAUUCAGUACUAAGUGAACAGCGCGCGCGCGAAGAGAAGAGACACUUUUUACCUCAGAAGUUAACAGACGCAGGUGUUUGUUAGCCUGUUAGCAUAGGGACUUUUUUUUUUUUUGUUCUGUCAGCUUGGGUUUGGUUUGUAGCUUUAACAGUCAGACAGGUGGACCGUGGACAUCUGGCAUCUUUUGUGUGAAAAGAAAAGUCAAUAAGUGGCCGGACAUUACCAUAACAAAGCCGCUGAGGGAGGUGAAGAGCUUCACGGCGUCCUGAGAGGAAACGAGUUUGGAUUAUUUUGUUCCAGAAAGGUCGCAGCAUCUCCUGCUCCAUCUUUCUAAUGUUUGACAUCCGUAUAUAAAUGGUGCAUGCUUUGUUUUGGCCAGUCUGCCUUUUUCCGCUUCAACCACCCAGAGGAGGCUCUCAGGAUGAAGAGUAUGAUGCCAGAAGGAAAUGCUGGGCUCAGCAGCACCUAUAGAGGACAUUCAGAGCCCCAUGGUCUGCUCAAUGGAAACCAUCAGCCUGUGUCUCAUGAGAGGGUUCGUCCAGGCCAUGGACCUCUGGCCCCCUCUAUAGAGAAGGAUCUUCAGGACAUCAUGGACUCUUUAACUAUGAAUGACUGUCAGGCCUCUGCAGCUGAGGCUGGAAAACACCCUGAGCACCCCAUCCCACAGUUGCCUCUUUCACCCAUGUUCAAUGGAGGUGGUCGUUAUCUCCUUUCCUCUCCUGCCAGCCCUGGAGCCAUGUCUGUGGGAUCUAGCUAUGAAAACACCACUCCUCCUUUCUCUCCUAUUUCAUCUCCCUCAAUCGCCAGCAGUCCUGGCACUCGUGUGGACUCUGCUAAUUUUUCUGUACCUUCACAUUCAACUUCCCACCAUCAUACUGUCCAGCCCCCAAUUCCUCAGCCGCGGCAAUCGGCAGCUCGAUAUGGCAGUAGCAGUGGGGGGCGAAAGGUACAGGAAAGUCCUAGGCUUCCCAGAAAAGCCUUGACAGAAGCGCCACCAAGUCCUACAGCCAGUCGCCAAGGCCAAAACCAGGACGUUCAGGUCAGAGGAGGUCCAGAAGGCCCACGUUCAGUUCUUGGUUUCUCUGGAGAUGCAGGCAGGGACAACAGGAUCAUGAAUUCCAGCUCCUCUGCCUCCUCAAGUCCUAGAUCCAGUGCAGGCUCAACUUUCCAGGAGACUCCCUCUGUCGAUGUUGGAAUUCAGUCCAUUCAGCCAAACUUGCGCUCAAUCAUUCCUCCGGAGUGUCCCCAGUCCACCCGCCGAGCACUAGAACCAUCCAACAGCACUCCAGUCCGAGAACGUCCCCCUCCCAGCCCCUCUACUGCACGUCGUGGGCUGCAGGGAGUCCCGGUCCUACCUGGAGCCCUACCUGGGGUACCCCUCACAACUCGGAGCCAGACAGGAAAAGGUGUCCCAGAGAGCCCUCGACAGCACAGACGAGUCUUAGUGGGGGAAGACGCUGCUGGAACAAGGGGGCUACGGGCCAGAAGCCCUUCUCCUGUGUCUGCUGUCGUGAAGGACCACACUAGUAGUGGUGGGAGGCAAAAAGGGAGUGUUGGAGUUAAUCAGAUCCCAGGUUUGAGUACCCAGGUUGGGGUUUCUCCCCUAACCAGCCCUCGUAGUCAGAGGAAGAACCCCAGAGAACCAUGGGUUCAGCCCAAGGCACGGGAACGUAAGAACAGCAUCUCAGAAAUCAAUGACAAUGAGGAUGAACUGCUGGAGUACCAUCGCUGGCAGCGGGACGAGAGGAUAAAAGAGCAAGAAAUGGAGAGACUGGAACGACAGAGGCUAGAGACCAUUCUGAGCCUGUGUGCCGAGUAUAAUAAAGGGGACCCUGUGGCAGACAUGGAGACAGGGAGGGCAGGUCAGUUCCCUGGGACCGAGGACCAGCGACCUGGCCCCGACCUGGUGGGUGUGGCAGUGCAGCGCUCACACACUCACACACAUCGACUGGGAGAGUGUGAUGACGAGAACCUGAAAGAGGAGUGUAGCAGCACUGAGAGCCAGCACCAGGAGCAUGAGGACACUGCCGGAAUGGGGCAGCAGGAACUGGGUUAUCUAGUGGAGGAGCGGGUCAGGAUUCUGGCUCGAGUAGAGGAGCUAAAAGCUCGGGUCACUGAGCUGGAGCAGCAGCUACAGGAUUCCAGACAAGAGGCUGAGAUGGAGCGGGCAUUGCUGCACGGGGAGAGGAGAGCUGAGUUAGAUCAAGUGGAGGCAGAGUUAGAGAUUAUCAAUCAGAUUCAGCUCAGACUGAAUGAAGUGGAGAAAAAUAUUCAGAGGGAGAAAGAAAAGGGGAGGGCUAAUGUCUCAGCCGAGCGUGAUGUCCUGGCCAGGUUGAGGGAUGGGUACAGUGAGCUGAAGAGCCAGCUUUACAAAUGCCCCGAGUCUCUGAGGGAGCACUUACAAGAACAGCUUGCGAGGAAGGCCGAGGCACUGGAGUCUGGCUCAAAGCGCUUUGAGGACCUGGAGUUCCGCCAGCUGGAACGCGAGAGUAGUCUGGAGGAGGAGAAGGAGACAGUCAGCCGGCAGCUGCUCCAGGAGAAAGCAGAGUACCAGCGCAGUGUGGCCAAGAGGAAGGAGAAAAUGGCUACCCUUGAGAUUCAGGCCAAUCAGCUAGGUGUGCAGGCAGCUCAGGAUUGUGAAAGGAUGGCUAAAGACCGAACCAUGGCCCUGCAAAUGCUGCAUAAGGAGAAGGAGAGACUGGCUACGCUGGAAAGGAGAUAUCAAAGCUUGACUGGAGGGAAGACUUUCCCCAAUUCCUCUAACACCAUGCAGGAGGAUGUUCUACAUAUCAGCGAAUCUGACCUUUCCAAUGAAGUCCUUAUCCAGCAUCCCCCACUGCCUGCUCCCUGCAUCCAAAGCUCCACCUCUCACUCUUGCCCCAUCAGGCCUCAGGAGGAGUACCUCAGACUUUCAGAUGUAUUUAAGAUGUAUGGUAGUGGUUGUGUCCCAUCUCAAGCCACCUCUUUUGCCCCUACCACUUCCUGCCUUUCUCUUGCUGUAACACCAGAUACCCCUCGUGAGGAGUAUGUGACAGUUAGUCAGUUGAACCAGCUCUUCGGGAUGCACAAGGUUGAUCACUCCACAACGGCUCCUGUCCAAUCAUUCCAAGCUAUAGUAGCUGACCCUGUCCUCUCUAGCCACACGUCACAGUGUGACCCUGCCGAGUCUCUUUCUGCAGAGGCUGAGAGGAACAAGCCUCUGGUGUCCAGGCUGGAUUUAGAGCGCUGGUACCAGGACAUCAUGGCAGUUGGGGAUACUAGCCAUGCUUGUCCUCCCCCUCUUCCAGCUAAGUCUUUCUCCACACGCAGACCCAUGCAGAUGUACAAGUGUAAGCAGGAUGGAGCAAAUGGUACGUCCACACAACCCAAUGAUGGAAGUGCAGGCAGAAACACUCCAACCAAGAGCCUGCCAGACCUGUCAACCCCUCAUCUGGAUACAGAUUCCAAGAAACCUGCUAUUGAGGUCAAAGGGCUCCAAACGUGUGAUGACUCCAGGUUUCUCACCACUGAACUGAAACCGAGGCUCGAAAUGGACCCGCAAUGCCACUGGGGGGUGCCGCAGGGCUCUCACUCCCAGUUAAAUGGCCCAUUCCCUGCUCCAGCAGCCCCAAUGGUGCACCAUUCCAUCCUGCACCAUCAAGCAUCCCCUGCAGGUGGCCCAGCAUACGACACACUCAGUCUGGAGAGCUCUGACAGCGUGGAGACCAGCGUAUCCACUGGAAACAACUCCACCUGUUCACCUGAAAGUGGUAGCGGCCUGGCUGGGCUGAGGCUGGAGGAAAUGGAGAAGAUGCUGAAGGAGGCUCAACAGGAAAAAGCCAGACUGGUGGAGAGUCGUGAGAGGGAGGCGCAGGCACGAAGGCAGCUGCUGGAGGAGGAGAGGAAGAGGCGAGAGGAGGUGGAAAGGAGGCUGCAGGAAGAGACUGCGCAUCGGCAGAGAUUAGUAGAGGAGGAGGUCAAGAUGAGAGAAAAGCAAAGCUCUCAGGCUCGUCCAAUGACCCGCUACCUACCCAUCCGAAAGGAGGAGUUCGACCUGCGUUCCCAUGUGGAGUCAGCAGGUCACUGCAUAGACACCUGUCCCUACGUCACCGUCUCUGAGAAAAUGUGCAAAGGCCACCUGGUGAAGAUGGGUGGCAAAAUCAAAUCAUGGAAGAAGCGCUGGUUCGUCUUUGACCGUCUAAAGAGGACCUUCUCCUACUAUGUGGACAAGCAUGAGACAAAGUUGAAAGGGGUCAUCUACUUCCAGGCCAUCGAGGAAGUUUAUUACGACCACCUACGCAGUGCCACUAAGAGUCCGAAUCCUUCCCUAACCUUCUGUGUGAAGACGCACGACCGGCUGUACUUCAUGGUGGCCCCAUCCCCAGAGGCCAUGCGAAUAUGGAUGGAUGUCAUAGUAACAGGCGCUGAGGGUUACACACAGUUUAUGACCUGAGGGAAAGCUGACUGAACACUCAGCCGUGAGAGCGUAAGAGUGGGCAGGUCUUGUCUAACAGGACAUCGGUUCUGUGGGAGGACUGAACUUUCCACUGAUAUUUGAACUUCAGACAUGCUGCAUCAGCCCACACUGAUAGAUGUGUAUCAUCCAGAUAAGAAAGAUUUUGUAUGAAUGAUGCAUAUUAACCGGAAGAGUAUAGGGUUCCGUUGUUGGUGUGCAGAUAACAAGGUGCUCAAAACAAACCAGUCACCAAGAAAGACUAUUAUACAUCUAGAUAUUUUUAAAUAUUCUAUUAUUUGUGUAAUAUAUAUAUAUUUCAUUACCAUUUUGGGACUAUCCAUGUUCCAUGUUAUUAAUUUGUUUUGCACACUUUUGGAUUAAUUAAAAAAGGGAAGAGACGAAUUGUACUUUUUUAUGCCAAAUAUUUAAAACCAAUUAUGCUUUCUAAGGCCUGUUUAGAGUUUAAAUGUUGACUUUGAUACUUUCUAUUAACAGUGUUAUUAGUACUCAAACUGUAAUAAUUGUUCUUAUGAAUUUCAUGUACCGGGAAGUUGCAUCAGCUCCAUGUAAUGCAAAAUACUGUGUCAUUUACAGAUCCAUACUGAUAUAACAGAAAAAAUGCCAUUAAGGGGAAAAAAUAUAUUUUAGUUUACUACAAAUAUUAACGAGCAUUUGGAUUAUGAUAUUCUGUUGUAAGGAAAUGUGUAGCACUCCCAUUUUUGUUCUCUAUGAAGUAAAAUACAUUUGGACAUGAGUUGUUAUUUGCUAGCUGUUAUCAAUGUUCCUAGAUUUUGUCCAAAUUUAAAUUUACAUUAGCUGCUUUAAAAAAAAUUAUAUACUGUUAAGAGACACAAUACUUGUUGUAUUUCUAUUUUGACACAAAAAUGUCUGGUGGGGACCAGUUUUAUUUGAUCAAUUGUUUGUCAUUAUAGCAUGAGACUUGCCAAAGGUUAACGUCAAAAGUCCAGCAUUUCAUUCUGUCAACACAUAACAUGCAGGUACAAUGAUGUAACCCAUGUUCUGGUUGUGAUUGUGUAGCCGUAUGUGCCUUGCAAAAUGUUCUCUCCUUUCAGGGUUUUUUUUUUUUUUUUUAUGCAGUAGUACUCCACUUUAUAAUGUUUUCUUAUUUAUUCAGGUUAAAAGUAUCCUGUCUUGCACGUAUGUCAAAAUAUAAUAUAAAAAGCAUAUAAUAUGCAUAAUAAUAUGCUAUUAUAAAAGCUCAGAGUAACCUCAUUAGCAUUAUAUUUAUACAUGUGCUCAUUCAAUUUGAGCAAAACAGUAUACUAACAAAAAUUCCAGUGUGUAUACAAUAUGUCACAUUUACACUCAUGAAUUGUAAUGACAGAGGUGUGUACCAGGCCUAAAUAAAAGGUGUAACAGAG